CCCGAUCCCCCAAGCGGGCUAGCCCAGCAUCUUACUCAAUAGUCACAGUAAAACCACAUACCAAUUUUAUUUUUUUAUUUAUUUUUUUCUAAACAAAACCACAUACCAAUUUGAAGUGACGGAGAGUUGGACGGGGAAGGCGACAUGUACGUUACGGUGACGCUUACAACGACAAUCGGGAACAGCAGUUAUUUUUGGUGUUUUUCUUGACAAAUCAAAUGGAACAAACUGAACAAACUAGAUGCAGAGAGCUGGCGAAAUCGUCUACAUUUUACCGCACAGUGUACUCUGAGAUAGAAGAGGUUGGAUGGGAGCAUCUGGUGAGAUUGGGCGAAGAUCUGACAUUUCUUAGCUUUCGAAUCUUUGGACUGAGCCUUUUUCUACAUUUAAUCGGCAGAGAUGAGAAGGGCAGAAUGCACUUUAUGGAAAUUCAAUUGGAUAUAGCCUAUCCCAAAAGUCCACCUUCUGUAUCAGCGGAUGUACCAUAUAUUUUUGACUUACAAUGGUCAAAAAACUCAAGAUUAAAGGAUGUGGUGCAGCAGUUUGGAGAGGAUGCAACUACAAUACUUUGUGCACAGCAUCUGGAGGAGCUUCAGGAAUUUUGGUCUAUUUUGGAUGAUAUUGAUAGAUCACUUUGGGUUGUUGACCCAAAAAAUCCUUCUCGUUCAAUGUCCGAGCGGCAAAUCAAUAUAGGAAACGAUUGCUUCAUUGUGUUGUCUAUAAAUGCCAACAAUCCUAGAUCCUUACCAGAGUGUCGUUUUAUGGGUUCAGGUUCAUUUGUGGAUUCAUUGAGAAAGAUAUGGCAGAGAAAUAGCAGAAAAUGGGCAAAGGACAAACCAUACUUGGAAAAUCUUACAUGUCUUCUGGAGACUCAACUGCCAAGGCCUACUGAUGGACAGAAGAAUAACCAGCAAGUUGAAUGUGGAAUUUGUUAUGCACAAUAUCUUCCUGUUGAUGAUGAGCUGGGAACUAAGAGUGGAAGCGGAACUGACUAUACUUGUGAGAAUUCCACUUGCAGUAAGGCUUUCCAUAGUGUUUGUCUUGGGGACUGGUUACGCUCAAUAACCACAACAAGGCAGUCAUUCAACGUUCUUUUUGGGAAUUGUCCAUACUGUUCAGAGCCAGUUGCUGUGAAAAUCAAAGCCGCUAAAAUGUAAAUUCUGUGUCUUCAACAAGGUUAUCUUUCUUCUCCAAAUGGUGUAGUACAAUGACCAAGACCAGAAAGUUGCUCUUGUUGCUGGUAUCUUUCAACAAGGUUAAAUCUUUCUUCUCCCACGGCAGCAACAAAACACUUUUUCAAUUUAUUCAUUAACAAUGUCCAGUAUAUCAAUGUUACAUUAUGGUUGCAUCCGAUGUAAGCUUAGUUCUUACCCACCUGUACUAUAAUUUUUCUUAAACAGGUGAAGUGGCUUUUUUUUUUUUUUUUU